GCAAACCACACAAUGACCUUGAACGACCGUUCCCUCUUCUCCUCUCCGAGUCUGAUAUUUCUGUUGGCAUUUCUCCUCCGAGCCAUCCUCCUCGUUUAUGGAAUCUACCAAGACUCCGUGUCGGCGCUGAAGUAUACAGACAUUGACUACUAUGUCUUCACAGACGCAGCCCGAGCUGUUUCAAAGGGUUCAUCUCCCUACGACCGCGCUACAUAUCGUUAUACCCCUCUCCUUGCCUGGAUCCUCCUUCCCACAAGCUGGGGUGGCUUGUGGUUCCAUUUCGGCAAGGCACUCUUUGCCCUGUCAGACCUGAUCGCUGGCUGGCUCAUAGUGCUGUUGUUGAAGAGGAGGGGUCUCGAAGAAGGCCGGGCGCUCAAAUAUGCCAGCGUAUGGCUUCUCAACCCCAUGGUCGCAAAUAUCAGUACCCGUGGAAGCAGUGAGGGUUUACUGUGCGUCAUGGUCAUGGCUUUACUGUGGGCUUUUGAAACUGGAAAGACACUUCUGGCUGGCCUGUUGCUCGGGUUGAGUGUGCAUUUCAAGAUCUACCCUUUCAUCUAUGGUGCGAGCAUGCUAUGGACACUGCAGACAACCGCCUCAGCAUCUAGCGCGCCCAGUGUCCUCCAAAAAUCCAUUCAAUUCUUCAAUGCUAAGCGCUUAUUACUCAUUUUCACGUCGAUUUCUACCUUUACCGCACUCAAUGUUCUCAUGUACAAUAUCCACGGCUCUCCCUUCCUCCAGCAUACAUUCCUCCACCAUCUUACUCGGAUCGACCAUCGACAUAAUUUCUCACCUUACAAUACUCUUUUGUACAUGUCAUCAGCACAGUCCGCCAGUUCAAAUCCAACAAACUCAUCAUUUUCUUUCGAGUCCUUCGCCUUUGUUCCACAACUUCUCCUGUCAACUGUUCUGAUCCCAAUUGCCCUCGCGAAAAGAGAUCUCUCCAGGACAUUGUUGGCUCAGACUCUGGCGUUUGUCACAUUCAACAAAGUGUGUACAUCUCAAUAUUUCCUCUGGUAUUUGGUCUUCCUUCCACUGUACCUACCGGACUCGGCCCUCAUUCGGUCUCCGAGACUGGGUCUGACGGCACUGGCGCUCUGGGUUGCAGGUCAGGCUGCGUGGCUACAACAAGGCUAUCAGCUAGAGUUUCUGGGGAAGAGCACCUUUGUGCCCGGUCUCUUUGCAGCCAGUCUUGCAUUCUUCAUCAUCAACUGCUGGAUCUUGGGAGUCAUCGUCUCCGAUGAGCGCGGAGCAGUGAGGAAGCAUGUGAGGAUCGACAAGUCGGAGCGUGUGUUGGUCAUGCCACCUGUAUCGGAGCCAGCUACUGCUAGCUCCGUGGCCAAGGAGAAGACCCCAGUGCGAAGAACGCGUGGAAGCAGUAGUAUCGACACAAGCGAUAUUGCAAAAGUUCACUUGGGUCCGAGGAACCAGGUGCUGAAAAGUAAUUAG